GCCUCGACUCCGCCACCGUCGCCGCGAUCGCCAAGGCAGCCGGUUUCGCCGUCUACGCCCUUAGCAUCGACUACGGUCAGCGACACCGAUUCGAGCUGCAAUCGGCGGCCCGCGUCGCCGCCGCGACGGGCGUCGUCGAGCAUCGCACCGCGCGGAUUGAACUUGGCUCGUUCGGCGGCAGCGCCCUGACCGCCGACAUCGAGGUCCCCCACGGCCGCAGCGAUGAGGAGAUGGCCGGCGGCGUGCCGAUCACCUACGUCCCGGCCCGCAACACCGUGAUGCUGUCGCUGGCCCUCGGCUGGGCCGAGGUGCUGGGCGCGGCAGACCUCUUCGUCGGCGUCAACGCGGUCGAUUACAGCGGCUACCCCGAUUGCCGACCCGAGUUCGUCGAGGCGUUCGAACGCCUGGCGAACCUCGCCACCAAAGCCGGCGUCGACGCCGCCGCCGGCGUUCCCGGCGCCCGCCCCAUCCGCCUCCAUGCCCCGCUGAUUAAACUAACCAAAGCCGAGAUCAUUCGUCGCGGCCUCGAACUAGGAGUCGAUUACCGCCUCACCCACACCUGCUACAGCCCCAGCGAAGCGGGCGUCAGCUGCGGCCAGUGCGACGCUUGCCUGCUGCGGAAGAAAGGCUUUGCGGAGGCGGGGCUGACGGAUCCAGUUGCUUACCCAUAG